CAUUCUUUUUUUCUUUUCUUUAAACAAUCUUAUGAUCCAUCUUCGUGAGAUUUAUCAUUUUUUUUUGUUGGGUUUUGUCCAUUUAACAUAUGAAUUUAAAGGUAUGGACUGAAUUCCCAUCACGGGUGAAUCUUAGUAUCUUCAAGAAAUGUUUAAAUUCAGGGGAUCUUGUUCAUGCCCGCCAACUGUUUGAUAAAAUGUCUGAACCAAAUGUGAGGUCUUCAACUGUAUUAAUAGAUGGGUAUACGAAACAUGGCUAUCCAAGAGAAGGGAUUAAGCUUUAUAGGGAGUUGCAGAGGAAGAACAUCAUUCAACCAGAUAAGUUAUUACUUCUAUCAGUUAUCAAAGCAUGUGCUGCUUUAGCCAAUCUUGAUAGAGCAAAAGAGAUUCAUACUGAUGCAAUCAAAUACGGGUUUGAUUCUGAUCUUCUACUUGGAAAUGCUUUAAUUGACAUGUAUGGUAGAUGUAAAUGUGCUGAAUUUGCACGACAUGUUUUUGGUGGGCUGAUUGUUAAGGAUGUGAUCUCAUGGACAUCUAUUGCUUCUUGUUUUAUACUCAAUGGUAUGUCAAUGGAAGCUCUUCAAUUUUUCCGUGAAAUGGGGUUUAAUCGAGUUAGACCCAAUUCGAUAACAUUGUCAUCCAUCCUCAGGGCAUGUUCUGAUUUGAAACACUUACGUUUUGGGAGAGAAAUCCAUGGUUUCGUUAUCAGAAACGAACCGGAUGAGAAUGUGUUUGUUACUGGUGGAUUAAUAAACAUGUAUGGUCAUUGUUCUAGUAUUGAUCAAGCUGAGACAGUAUUCAAUAAUACAUCUAAACACGACACUGUUUCAUGGAAUGUCAUGUUAACUGCAUUCUUUGCCAACGAAGAGCCAGAGAAAGCUCUUUGUGUAUACAGUCAAAUGAUCGAUAAACGGGUGAAAUUCGAUUACGCGUCGUGGAAUGUUGUCAUCGGAGGGUGUCUACGAAAUGAUCGAACAAUCGAAGCGUUUCAGAUUCUCCGUGACAUGCAGAAACUCGGUUUCAAACCUAAUCAGAUCACGAUCACAACCCUCUUGACAGCUUUCGCUACGUUUGAAAACUUAAGAGGCGGGAAGGAAACACACGGAUACAUAUUUCGAAACUUUCUUGACGAUAUAACUUCAACGAAUACCGCGUUACUCUUCGCAUACGCUAAAUGCGGAGAAUUGGAAGCUUCAUGUCGAGUGUUCGACAUGAUGAAGAAAAAGGAUAAAACGGCGUGGACCACAAUGAUCGUUACAUUUUCGCUCCACGGAGAUGGGAAACGAGCGUUAUCGCAUUUUCAAAAAAUGUUAAACUCAGGUUUUAAACCCGACGCCAUAGCUUUCACCGGGGUAUUGUCCGGUUGCAGCCAUUCGUGUUUGGUCGACGAGGCUCGCGAGGUUUUCAAAUCAAUGAAACGCGACUACUCAGUUGAACCUGAUGCCGAGCAUUAUUCGUGCAUGAUCGACGUUCUGGGUCGCGCAGGUCAUUUAGACGAGGCGUAUCGGUUGAUCCAAACUAUGCCUAUGGAACCAACAGUAGGGGCUUGGGGAGCCUUGCUGGGCGCAUGUAGAACGUAUAAGAACGUUGAUUUGGGUCGUGUGGUGGCGGAAGAGCUGUUCGCGAUUGAACCAAAGAACGCAGGGAAUUACGCGCUUCUGACAAAUAUAUUUUCGAAUGCGAAACUAUGGGAGGAUGCUGCGGAAACGAGGAAGUUGAUGAGAGAACGAGGAAUAAGGAAGGAAGCGGGUUGCAGUUGGAUUCGGGUGAAGAACAAGGUGUACAGUUUUGUUGCGGGUGAGAAAAGAGACUAUUUUCAGGCAGAUGAAAUUUACAAGUUUUUGGAGGAAAUUGGGGAAAAGAUAAGGUUAGUUGGGUAUAAGCCGAAAACCGAAUUUGUUUUGCAAGAUAUAGAGGGGGUCGAAGAGAAGGAAGAUAUGUUGUGCAAUCAUAGCGAGAAGUUGGCGGUUGCGUUUGGAAUACUUAACUUGAAUGGUUCGUCUUCGGUUAGUGUGUUUAAGAACCUGAGGAUUUGCGGGGAUUGUCAUAGUGCUAUUAAAUGUAUAGCAAAGGUUGUCGGGGUUCGAAUUGUCGUGAGAGAUUGCCAAAGGUUUCAUCAUUUCAGCGACGGGGUUUGCUCUUGUGGAGAUUUUUGGUGAUUGCCCAUGUUUUGUUGUGUUGUUUCUCCUACCCCAAGUGUAACUAGUAAAUGAUUUGAUAACAAAGCUUCAAAAUUGAAAGUAUAAAUACUUCGACUAGUAGGUUGUUUUAUCAAGUGACAAAGGUUUUACAAUGUGAACUCACCAUGAUAG